CAGCUGUGUAGUUGUAUCUGAAAGUUCAACACGGCAAUUUCCAACCUGUCAGAUUCGAACUUAGUGGAUCACCCUCAACUCACCGAGUCAACCUUGACAUGGAUUUCUUUCUUCUCUAACCCAAACCCCAAAACCAGUCUAUCCUCGAUUUCAAUCUCCGAAAAUCACUCUCUUUCUAAUGGAGUUUCCCUGCACAAACGUCCUCGUAUUCUCUCUGCUACUGUCUCUCUCUUCCCUCUCUGCUUUCUCCUACUCUGUUUUCUCUCCCGUCGACAACUACCUCGUCGAUUGCGGCUCCGCUGUCGACACUACCGUUGACAAUCGCCGGUUCGUCGCCGACUCAUCGACAUCUGGCGCACUCUUUUCCCACUCAAGUGGGAUUUCACUGAGAAAUGAGAACCCUUUUGCGAGUGCGUCACCAAUCUACGACACAGCUCGGGUUUUCACAAGGCCUUCGAAGUACGAGUUCGAAAUCAGAGAAAAAGGUACUCACAUGGUACGCCUCCAUUUCCAGACUCUCAAUUCCUCGAGAUUCGAUUCCUUUCAUAGUCAAUUUCACGUUUUGGUUAACGAUCAUGUGGUUUUGACCAAUUUUAGCGGUGACAAUAUAUUAAACCCUAGGGUCAAUGAGUAUCUGAUCUGGGUCAGUUGUGAAAAGCUUGUAGUUAGGUUUAUUCCUAUUAGAAAUUCCAAAUUUGCGUUUGUUAAUGCGAUCGAAGUAAUCUCUGCGCCCAAAGACCUUGUCCCUGUUACUGCCCAAUAUGUGAAUUCUGAAAAGAAUGAGAACUUUGAUGGGUUGGCAGAGCAAGCCCUUGAAGUAGUUUAUAGGGUCAAUGUUGCAGGUCCUAAAGUGACACCAUACAAUGAUACUCUGUGGAGGACAUGGAUCCCUGAUAAUGAGUAUUUGGAAUCGAGUUUCGGAUCGAAAAGUUUGUAUUUUGGUGGCCGAAUUAAGUAUCGGAAAGGAGGUGCAAGCCGUGAAGUUGGUCCUGAUAAUGUAUACAACACUGCCAGAGUGAUCCAGAGCACCAGUGAUUCGAUCCCCGAAAUCAAAAUUACAUGGGCGUUUCCGGUGAUUGGAGGAUAUAAGUAUCUUGUUCGGAUGCACUUUUGUGAUAUUGCUAGCAUUUCCCUUGGUUUGCUGUACUUCAAUGUUUAUGUCAAUGGCAAUUUGGCAUAUAAAGAUUUGGACCUGUCUGCUGCUUCCAAUUACAUGUUAGCUUCACCAUUUUAUGCAGAUUUUGUGGUCGAUGGAGAUGGUUUAGAUGUCUUGACUGUAAGUGUAGGGCCAUCAAAUAUGAGCAUGGCACAUGCCAUUGUUGGUAUUCUGAAUGGAGUUGAGAUCAUGAAGAUGAAUAAUUCGAUGGGCAGUCUCGACGGCAUGGUUUGUGCAGGAUCUAUUUCAAGGAGUUGGCCGAGGGGAAAUGUUGGUGUUUUGGUUCCUUUGGUGGCUGUUGUAUGUUUGCUGGUUGGUAUAUCUUUGGGUAUGCAGAGAAGGAUGUUUAGCAAUAAGGACUCGUUAUCAUGGUCAAAAUUGCCAGUGGAUGUUUCAGAAACUAAUGUCAAGCAUUGAAAUAGCCAUUGUUGUGUAAACUAUAACACUGAAGUGGUAUAGGAAAGUGUUAUCCACAUGAGAAAUAGGGGUAGAGGAAGGCUAAGAAAAAGCUGCUAAGAGUGUGUUGGGUCUCCUUUACUAUAGUUUAUAACUGAAUAGAAUUUUACGGUUGUUUUUGAUGUCUGAAGAAUUAUAUUUCAUUGUAGUAGUCUUACUUCUUGUUUUCCAAGUUGUAUCUAUAGUGAAAAGCAGUUUAAUGCAAAUUGUAUUUGUUUGAGCUAUAAAAUAAUAUCUCCGAAUAAUUUCUUUGUAGUUUGUACAAAAAUAAUAUCAAAAAGAACUUGGGAAGA